AUGGAAUUGGAAUUAACUCGUGUCGAUUACACCAACGUUGGACUAACGGGGCCAAACUGCUUACAAUUGUUACCCCCCGCGGCUAACGUUACAGCGAGCGGUUCCAACAGUGGCUACAAGCAACAGCAAAAGGUGGCCAUCGGCGAUCAGGAUGGAGUGCUGCAGGUGUUUUCGAUGAAGAAAGACGAACUGCAGGUCCACUUCAAAACGCUUCCCAACGAAAAGAUUGCAUCGGUAAAGCUGGGAGGACAGUCGGGUUCGGUGGCGGAUAAAAUUUUUACCGCCUCCGAAAACAAAGUACGAGGAUUCAACAAAAAAGGCAAACUGUUUCUCGCCUUUGAAACGAGCCUAACCGAAACGAUUCGCUCGAUGUGUGUCAGCGGAAGUGAUUUACUGGUUUGCGGAAAUCACGUGUACAAUCACUACCGAGAUUGCAAAGAGGUAGGCUCAUACCUUUGCGGAGAUGUCAUUGUGGAUGUGGCCGCACUUUGCCCAAACAACACCAGUCGGUUGAUAACGGUGCUUGCCUGUUCCGGCCGGGUGUUGCGUAUUCUUGAGCAUGCUCGAGUACGGCAAACGUUGGAGCUCGAGAGUGUUCCAACGGUGUUGUACGUACCGAAGGGUAUUGGGGAUCGAGUUCUGUGUGGUUUCUCGGACGGAAGUGUUAUACUGUUUCAUCUGAAUUUACUAUCAACGGAGGUGAAGCGAGAAGUAUUGGUUGCCGAUCGUGAAGGGGAAGGAAUCUUAAGUGCCGUAACUUGCAUCGCAACUUAUGAUCUUUCGGGCGAUGGUAAGGAGGAGCUGAUUGUCGGCCGGCGGGAUGGCACACUGCAGGUGUUUGCGAUGAACUCCGACGAGUAUCAGUUCGAAAUGGAAUGUACGCAAAUCUACCGUGAAAACUUCAACGAAAGCAUAUCCGCCGUUCAGGGUGGAUGUGUUGGGGCCACUAACUACACGGAGAUAAUAGUGUGUACGUACUCCGGCCGCAUAUUCGGCUUGACGACGCAAUGCAUUAGCAAAAGUCUGGGUGAUAAUGGGACUCGCUCAGAAAAGGGCGCAGGAACACCGAUCGAUUCGUCGGCAAAACUGCAACGCAUAAGGGCAGAGAUAUACGAGCUGGAACAAACGAUCGCCAAGGAACGGGAGCGGUAUCAACUUUCCACGCAAGCACUCUCAUCAGGCCUGUCAGCCAUACCGAUGCUACCGAUAAAUGACUCCUUUGUCCUAUCGAAGGAAGACGCUACAUUUUUGCUGUCACUAGAAAUUCCAACACCAAUCGAGCACGUGCUACUACAGUGUGACGCACCGAUCACACUGCUGGAUGUGGAGAAAAAUACGGCCGUCGUUAGUUUUAGCGAGUGUGACAAGUUAAGUGGAAACAGUCUUCUGGCAAGCUAUCGCUGUCAGUUAAACACGAAUCGUAUCGAUUUGAAAUUUCGCACCAUCGAGGGUCAAAGCGGAACGUUGCAGGUGUACAUCACACCAAAUCUGCAGCCCAAAUGCUGUCAGCUGAAGCGUUACCCGAUCAAACCACUGUCGCUGCACAUGAUCGUACAUAAUGCAACGGACGAAAUGCUUGCCCGACCGAUGAACACACUGACGCUCAAGGGACCUUUUAGCCAGGCGGAAAUGCACAACUGGAUGAUAAAUAGUAUUCCGGAGCUGCCGGAAAAGUUGUACGAAAGUGGUAAGGUACAGUACACGUUUAGGCACGUGUUUAUCGGCACAAUGUUGAGCUGCGAGUAUGGGAAGGGAGAAGCCACUUUUCGAAGCGACAAUAUAUCCACCAUAUCGAUACUGAAGGAUUUCAUUACCAAGGAAGCGACGAAGAAGCGGAUUAAGUUGGAAAUUUCGACAUCUAUUAAUGAAUCUACAAUACCCUCACUGAUCAAGCUGAUAGAACCGAUGAUUCUGCACUACAACAAACUUACCAAAGAUUAUCAGCUUGCCCAAGCUCUUCUCGAUUUGGACAUCCGGGAUGACGACGAGUUUAACACACUGUCCGAAGAGUAUCGCUCGCUCAUUCGCAACCAGCAAUCGAUCGGGGACGAGUUUCGGAAGCAGCCAACGAUACUGAAUCGAAUUUAUGGUAUUCUCACGGAUCUGUAUAUUGACAAGUUCAAGUUUAAAGGUGUGAACGUGAAAACCAAGUUACCACAGUUAAUUGAACUGCUGGAAAAUUAUUCCUACGACGAGCUGGUACAAUUUUAUAGCGUAGUCAAAGCCGGAGACGAAGAGACCGGUGACGCCUAA